GUGAUAUUAUUUACAACAGAGUGGAUAUUGUUGGAUGUACAUUUUACGCCAUUUGUGGUCCAACAUGCACAGUUGAACGACAUACUGUACAUUGUAACGGUACUACUCCUGUUACCAGUACUUCCCCUGAAUGGUCUUCUGUAACAACAUCAGUUCCUCUGCCUACAACUUCCAGAGGAGUUCCUUCUCACGGUUGUGUUUCUGGUACUUACCCUCCCCUACAGCCUGGACAGCGAUACAAAUUAUCCAACUGUACAGAACUCAUCUGUAAGGGAGACAACAAGGUGGAAGUAAUUCCAACGCACUGCCCACCAGUAAAGGAAAUUACCUGUGCGAACAAGUAUCCAGCAAUACUGGUACCUGAUGAAAAUGGAUGCUGUUACCAAUAUGAGUGUCAAUGUGUGUGCAGUGGAUGGGGUGAUCCUCAUUAUAUUACUUUUGAUGGAACCUACUACACAUUCCUUGAAAACUGCACUUAUGUCCUGGUGAAACAGAUUGUACCUAAAUAUGACAACUUCCGUGUUUACAUUGACAAUUAUUACUGCAAUGCAGAAGAUGGACUUUCCUGCCCUAAAUCCAUUAUUAUUUUCUACAAAUUUGCAGAAGUGGUGCUGACCCGUAAACUCAUGAAUGGUGUGAUGACCAAUGUGAUGUACUUCAACCAAAAGGUUGUCAAACCAGGCUUCAAAAAAGAUGGCAUUUUUUUCUCUACACUUGGCAUCAACAUGAUUGUUGAAAUACCAGAGAUUGGUGCAACCAUCACCUUUAGUGGGCUGAUUUUCUCCAUAAAACUCCCAUACAGCAAAUUUGGCAACAACACCGAAGGACAGUGUGGAACAUGUACAAAUAAUAAAUUAGAUGAAUGCCGCUUACCAAGUGGUAAGGUCAUUUCUUCCUGUCCCCAAAUGGCUCAUCACUGGAUUGUUGAUAACAACAAGUCAUGCCACGGAGUACCGAUACCACCAGUUGUAACCACACCUUCACCAAAACCUCAAUGUGAAACACCUCAUCUCUGCAAGCUUAUCUGGAGCAAGAUUUUUGCAGAAUGCCAUGCCGUGAUACCACCAGAACCAUUUUUCAAAGGCUGUAUGUUUGACGGAUGUCGCGUAGCUGAUGAAUCUGUGCAGUGUUCCAGUCUAGAGAUGUAUGCUACAGAGUGUGCUGCUAGAGGUGUCUGCAUUGACUGGAGAGGGAAGACCAACAACACAUGCCCAUACAAAUGUCCAGAAAGCAUGGUAUACAAGCCAUGUGGGCCCAUUAAUCCUGCUACCUGUGACCCAAGUGUUGUUGAGCUUCCUGGCUAUGGAGUAACUGAAGGAUGUUUCUGUCCUGAAGGAAAGACAGUCACAAGUGAAGACAGCAACAUCUGUGUCUAUGAAUGCUCAUGUAGGGAACCAAAUGGAGUAUCCAGAUGGCCUGGAGCUGUCAUUCCAUCAGGCCCCUGUGAAAAAUGCACCUGCUCUGAAUCCUCUUACUCAGGCCUUCACCAUGCCACUGUCAGGUGUGAGCCUAUUACCUGUGACACAUACUGCCCAGUGGGUUAUAAGUAUACAAAGAAACCUGGUCAGUGCUGUGGCACGUGCAAGGCAGUGGCCUGUACAGUGACUGUGGGAGACAACAUUACACACGUGCUCCAAGUUGGACAACACUGGAACCCACCUGGUGAUAACUGUACAACUUACACAUGUGAAAAAUCUGAUGACCAAGUCAUUCAAGUUGCCUCACAGAAAAGCUGUUCUUCCUUCAACCCUGAUGACUGUGAUCCAGAUGACAUCAAGAUAUCUGAUGAUGGCUGCUGUAAAGAGUGCCGAAGGAAACCGAGGAGAGGCCAGAAAUCCAUUGAAAUCCAACAGGAAACAGGAAGCAAAUACACUGAGGACGUUCAGCAGAAACAAAACAAUUCUGCUACAGUUUCAUCUAAGGUGAACAUCAUCCAGCCAAUGCUGACAAAUCCAGUAAUAACACCUUCAAAUCCUGCUCACAAUGGCCGUGUGUGCAGCACAUGGGGCAACUUCCACUUCAAGACCUUUGAUGGAGACAUAUUCACCUUCCCUGGGCUCUGCAAUUAUGUUUUUGCAUCUCAUUGCAAUGCUCCCUAUGAGGACUUCAACAUCCAGAUUAGGCGCAUAGUGGUAGAAAAUGCUCCAACAAUCAACCGUAUCACCAUGAAACUUGAAGGUGUAGCUGUUGAGCUGACAAAGGAUGUUGUGAUGAUCAACAGCAACAGGGUUCAACUGCCGUACAGCCAAUCUGGAAUUAUGAUAGAGAAAAGCAGCAUUUACGUGAAAGUUACCAGCAAAAUGGGUAUUCUGUUAAUGUGGAAUGAAGAUGACAGUAUACUGUUGGAAUUGAAUGAGAAAUAUGCGAAUCAGACCUGUGGACUUUGUGGGGACUUCAACGGCUUUCAAAUUUACAAUGAGUUCUAUUCAAACAAUAUUAAAAUGACAGCCUUGCAGUUUGGGAAUCUACAGAAAAUGGAUGGGCCAACCGAACAUUGUGAAGACUCCACUUCUACCCUGCCAGAUAAUUGCACUGAUAAUUUUGAUGACAUAUGCCAGAAAACAUUGACCAGCUCUGCAUUUGCAGAGUGUAAUGACCUAGUUGAUGUUAGGGAGUACAUUACGGCUUGCCAAGAUGACUUGUGCCGCUCUGAAGAGUCUAAAAAUGCCUCAUGUAUCUGUGACACCUUUGGUGAAUACUCCCGGCAGUGUGCUCAUGCUGGUGGGCAUCCUCUGAACUGGAGAACCUCAAAAUUGUGCCCCAGGAAGUGUCCUUACAACAUGCAGUACCAGGAGUGCAGCUCCCCUUGUGCUGACACAUGCACCAAUCCUGAACGAUCUCAGUUUUGUGAAGAACACUGCAUGGAUGGCUGCUUCUGCCCCCCAGGGACUGUAUUUGAUGAUAUCAACAAUUCUGGCUGCAUUCCCCAUCAGCAGUGCUCCUGUGUUUACAAUGGCAACACCUACACUACAGGAACUUCUUUUUCAGAGCAGUGCCAUUCCUGUACCUGUAAUGGAGGCCAGUGGAGUUGCCAAGACACGUCAUGCCCAGGAACAUGUUCAGUAGAGGGAGGUUCACACAUUUCCACAUACGAUAAAAAACAUUAUGAUCACCACGGAGACUGCACUUACGUCCUUUCUAAGCACUGUAAAGACGAAACAUUCACCAUCCUAGUAGAACUACGCAAAUGUGGCCUAACAGACACUGAGACAUGCUUAAAGACAGUGACCCUCAACAUGAAUAACGGACAAACUCUCAUCGAGGUCAAACCUGAUGGUGGUGUGUUCGUGAACUCCAUCUACACCCAGCUGCCCAUCUCAGCAGCUAAUGUUACUGUGUUCAGACCUUCAUCAUUCUUCAUCAUCAUGCAGACAAACUUUGGCGUCCACCUUGAAAUCCAAAUCAUACCCCUCAUGCAAGUGUUUGUGCGACUGGAUCCUACUUUCAAAGACCAGACCUGUGGUCUCUGUGGAAAUUUCAAUAAUAUCCAAACUGAUGACUUCAAGGCCAUAAGUGGAAUCAUCGAAGGAACAGCAACAGCAUUUGCUAAUACAUGGAGAACUCAGGCUUCAUGCCCUAAUAUCCAGCGCAGUUUUGAGAACCCUUGUGCACUCAGCAUUGAUAAUGAGAAAUAUGCCCAGCAUUGGUGUGGACUACUAACUGACAGCAAAGGACCUUUUUCUGAUUGUCACUAUGCAGUGAAUCCCUCUGUUUACCACAUGAACUGCAUGUUUGACACAUGUAACUGUGAAAAUAGUGAGGACUGUCUGUGUGCAGCCCUGUCUUCCUAUGUGAGAGCUUGUGCUGCAAAAGGAAUCCAGCUGGAUGGAUGGAGGACUGACGUCUGUUCAAAAUACACCACCUCAUGUCCCAAAUCCCUAAGCUACAGCUAUACCAUCUCUUCCUGUCAACCCACUUGUCGGUCUCUGAGUGAGCCUGAUGUCACAUGCAAUAUUAAGUUUGUCCCAGUUGAUGGCUGCACCUGCGUAAAUGGAACCUACAUGGAUGAGAGUGGCAAAUGUGUGCCUGCUAAUGAAUGCCCCUGCUACUACAGAGGAUCUCCCAUACCAUUUGGGGAAGUUGUCCAUGAAAAUGGGCUUGUAUGCACUUGCAUCCAGGGAAGACUGAAUUGCAUUGGAGCACCCAAUCCAGCUCCGGUCUGUGAAUCUCCCAUGUUCUACUUCGACUGUGGAAACAUCACUGCAGGAACAACUGGAGCAGAAUGUCAAAAAAGUUGCCAGACUCUGGAUAUGCAGUGUUAUAGCACGCAAUGUAUAUCUGGCUGUGUGUGCCCAGCUGGGCUUGUGUUAGAUGGGAAUGGUGGUUGUGUUCCUGAAGAAGAAUGUCCAUGUAUUCACAAUGAAGCCGUGUAUCAGCCUGGGGAAAAGAUCAACGUUGACUGUAACACUUGUGUAUGCAAGAAUAGGAAGUGGGAAUGCACCAAAGAUCAAUGUCUGGGCACUUGUGCUGUUUAUGGAGAUGGUCAUUAUAAUACCUUUGACGACAAAAGGUUCAGCUUCAAUGGAAACUGUGAAUACACACUAGUCCAGGACCACUGUGGAAAGAGCGUCACNAAUGGGACCUUCAGGGUUAUCACUGAAAAUAUUCCCUGUGGCAACACUGGGACAACUUGCUCAAAAUCUAUCAAAGUUUUCUUAGAGAGCUAUGAACUAAUACUUGGUGAGGAACAUAUCAGUGUCGUAAAGAGAGGACAAAAUGAUGAGGUGCCAUACACAGUUCGCUAUAUGGGUAUGUACUUGGUAAUUGAGAUCACAAGCGGACUGAUCCUCAUGUGGGACAAGAAAACCAGCAUCUUCAUCAAGCUCAGCCCUGAUUUUAAGGGUCAUAUCUGUGGCCUCUGUGGAAAUUAUGAUGGCAACGGCAUCAAUGACUUUACUACAAGGAGCCAGUCUGUGGUAGAGAAUGUCCUAGAGUUUGGAAACAGCUGGAAAGUAUCCUCUACAUGUCCUGAUGCUUACAGCAUAAAGGACCCAUGUUCUACCAACCCUUAUAGAAAGUCCUGGUCAGAGAAGCAGUGUAGCAUCAUCAACAGCAACGUCUUUGCUGACUGUCACUCUCAGGUUGAACCAGCAAGAUAUUACCAAGCAUGUGUGACAGAUGCUUGUGCAUGUGACACUGGAGGAGACUGCGAUUGCUUUUGUACAGCAGUAGCUGCCUAUGCUCAAGCAUGUAGUGAAGUUGGUGUCUGCAUAUCCUGGAGAACCCCAUCAAUCUGUCCACUGUUCUGUGAUUACUACAAUCAGCAAGGGGAAUGUGAAUGGCACUAUAAGCCUUGUGGAGCCUCCUGUAUGAAGACCUGUAGGAAUCCAAGUGGAAAAUGCCUCCAUGACUUGCCAGGUUUAGAAGGCUGCUAUCCUAACUGCCCACCAGACAAGCCAUAUUUUCAUGAGGAUCAGAUGAAGUGUGUCAGUCUCUGUGACUGUUAUGAUAAAGAAGAUGGAAAGAUAUAUAGACGGGAUGAAUGUCAUUUAUGUGAAUGCACAUCAGAAGGUUUACGGUGCAAGUUUGAUGAUAAAGAAAUGACAACCACAACACCAGUGACAACCGUGUGUGUGAAGAAUGCAUGUGCAUGGUCAGAAUGGUAUGAUUGCACACAGCCUGAAAACAAAGAGGACAGCGGAGAUUAUGAAACAUUUGAAAAUCUCAGAGACAAAGGAUACAGUGUGUGUAAAAACCCAAACGGUGUUCAAUGCAGAGCCAAAGAGCACCCAGAUAUAGAAAUAAACAAUCUUAACCAAACAGUGCAAUGUAGUCAAAGCAGAGGAUUAAUAUGCAAUAACAAAGACCAACAAUCUAAGCACUGCUAUAAUUAUGAAAUCAGGGUAUUAUGCUGCAGCUACAUACCAUGUUCCGAAUUACAAACUACAACACUGAGAACCACAGAAGAAUUCACAACUAGUGCUGUAAAAUCAACACUGUUUACAUUAGAGACGAAGAUAAAACCAACAACACCACAAAAACAAGCAACUGAAGGACAAAAAACUGAAAUACCUACAAUGUCAACGAAAGACAGAGAAAACAUGACUCCACAGACACAAACAUCACUUACAGCAAAGACAUCACAAGUCUCAACAACAGGUUACCAUACCAUGUCUGCUCCAGGAGACACCUCCACUGUGCCAAGCCAGGCUCCGACAUCACCCACUACAGCCUCCACCCUCCCUCAGCCAGCAACAACCACCACCGCUGGCACCACCGUUGUCCCCAGCACCACUGCCCCAGCAAGACAAGGCACGACCAUCAUCACUACCACUAGCAGGGCCAGCACCACCAGGACCUCUCCACCUCCAACACAAGGCACAACUACCACUACCACACCCACACCAACAGUGCCCACCUCAGCAGCCACCACUGCUGCCAGCACCUCCAAGACCACAAACAGCUGCGAGCAGCACUGUGCCUGGACACAGUGGUUUGACUUGGAUUCCCCUAGCCCUG